CUUCUAGUCAUCAACCAGUCUCGACCACCAGCGCAGGUCAUCACUUAAUCAUCGCCCAUCCAUCAAAAAACACCUUAUCAACACACAUAAACCAUCACAAUGGCCCGCACUAAGCAGACCGCCCGCAAGUCCACCGGUGGCAAGGCCCCCCGUAAGCAGCUCGCUUCCAAGGCUGCCCGCAAGUCCGCCCCCUCCACCGGCGGUGUCAAGAAGCCCCACCGUUACAAGCCCGGUACCGUCGCUCUCCGUGAGAUUCGUCGCUACCAGAAGUCCACUGAGCUUCUGAUCCGCAAGCUCCCCUUCCAGCGUCUCGUCCGUGAGAUUGCCCAGGACUUCAAGUCCGACCUCCGCUUCCAGAGCUCUGCUAUCGGCGCUCUCCAGGAGUCCGUCGAAUCUUACCUCGUCUCCCUCUUCGAGGACACCAACCUCUGCGCUAUCCACGCUAAGCGUGUCACCAUCCAGAGCAAGGACAUCCAGCUCGCCCGCCGCCUUCGCGGUGAGCGCAACUAAGCGACUCUUCGACAUGGAGUAGUUUGCUUUGGGUUUUCGGGGUAGUCUAGUCAGAUUCUGGGGUUAUAUCACGGGGCGGUCAUGACAACUUUUCUCGCGUCACACUUCGCACUACAUUUGGGAAUGCGCGUCUGAGUUGAUGGAUUUUCAUUCACGGCACAACACAUGGGGGGUAAUCCGGCGUUCUUGAUUGCGAUGAUACUACAUUUUCUCUCUCUUCAUCUUAGUACUUGAUGGCUUGUACAUUACAACGCGGGCACAGCGGCUGGCGAGCACCGGAACAAAAGGACGGAUGGCUUUGCACGGCAGCGCUGAUGGCGGAUUUGGUCUAAUAAAGGGCCUGGUUCAUGAUCACACGAUACCCUGUCGACAGACAUUGCACGUUUACCUUUUUUUCUUCCUGACAACCAUUCUCACCACCGUAUGCCUGCCUGCUUUGAUGAUAGAUGAGAAUGGAGUUUUGGAGCAAGCGCAAAUCAUGGGAGUUUAGCUACCUAGCGAUUAGGACUACCAUAAACAUCGCUAUGAAUGCCAGUAGUCGUAGAAAUGACAAACGCGUUCAGGUUGCGUUCAUGUUCACGCGACGUGACUUUGACA